GUAGGCAGAGUUUUGAAGGACCCUCCCCCUAGCAACACACUGCAGCCAACACCAAUUGAGCAAUUUCAGCUGCAGAGAGGAGGGCGCUGCUGUUCGGGAGCAAAAAGGUCAAAGAAAUUAUCUGUCCCAGCUUCUGUCGUAUCUAGAAUAAUGGGAAGAGGUGGGUGCAACAUCACAGCAAUUCAAGAUGUCACUGGUGCCCAUAUUGACGUUGAUAAGCAAAAAGAUAAGAAUGGAGAGAGAAUGAUCACUAUAAGGGGUGGUACAGAGUCAACGCGAUAUGCAGUGCAGCUCAUCAAUGCCCUUAUUCAAGAUCCUGCCAAGGAACUGGAAGACUUGAUUCCUAAAACUCACAUAAGAACACCUGCUUCAAGUACCAAAUCAAUCCAUGCAAAUUUUUCAUCUGGAGUCAGCACUGCGACUGCUUCAAACAAGAACUCGUUUCCUCUCGGAGCACCACCCCUGGUCACAUCCCAGUCAUCAACACUAUCUACUUUCCAGCCUACUAACAAGUUAAACAAGAAUGUCCCAGCGAAUGUGCGCUCAUCUUUUCCAGUGUCUCUUCCUCUGGCUUAUUCUCACCCUCAUUUUGCCUUGCUGGCUGCCCAAACUAUGCAACAGAUCCGGCACCCUCGCUUACCAAUGGCCCAAUUUGGAGGAACUUUUUCACCUUCGCCGAACACUUGGGGACCAUUCCCAGUGAGACCAGUUAACCCUGGCAGCACAAAUAGUUCUCCAAAGCAUAAUAGUUCGAGUCGUGUAGGUAAAAAAAAUGGAAAUAUUUUACAGACGGAGUCUCCUGGAUUAGCUACUUCUAGUUGUCCUAUGACUGUCUCUUCUGUGGCUGCUUCCACCCAACCGCUGUGUGUAACCAGCAAUCGGACUCCCUCUUCGGUCAGAAAGCAGUUGUUUGCCUGUGUUCCCAAGACAAGUGCUGCAGCCACAGCGAUCUCAACUGUGACGAGCACCUGUAGCACUCUGCCUUCAGCUUCCUCUGCCCCCUCAAACAACGGGCAAGUGCCCACAGCAUUUCUGCCAUCUAAUGCUCCACAAACACAGCAUUCUGCACUUAAAGUGGACUCUUUCUCAGCUGCCUCAGCACCCAAAGAGAAGGUGUCAACACCAGACCAGCCCGCUGCAAAUGCGUGUGCACCAUCUCCGGUUGCAAGUAGUUGCAGUAUGUCAGCUAGCAGCAACUCAGGAGGCACUGAAACUCGCCCACCAAGCAGCCCUGCACCACUAAAUAAUGUCCAAGAUGAAAUACUGCCAACCAGUAUGUCAGAGAUCAAUCCUUCCGUGUCGAUGCCUUUUUCAUCCAGCUCAGAAACUGCUCCUUUAAGCUUAGUGUCACCCAG